AUGAUUACUACGAUUCGCAAGGCCAUCGGGGCCGGCUUGUCGGUGUUGGCGCUCAGCUCUACGACACUGUCUGAACGCUGUGAGAGAUCCUGCUUGGAAAGCCUGAUCUCAGACUACCUCAAUGCCUUAGUAGCCCACGACCCAUCGAGUUUGCCGACGACCCCGGACGUAAAAUACGUAGAGAACGAUCAAAUAUUACCGUUCGGCACUGGCGAGUGGCAUAUUGUGGAGUCACUGGGGAAGUACAGCCACACGUUCUCUGAUCCCGAAGCGGGCCAGGUCGCGAUCAUCACUACCAUUAUAGAGAAUGGUGUCGGUGCUAUCUAUCUUGUCCGCCUCAAGGUGGAAGAGGACGGAAAGAUAAGUGAAAUCGAAUCACAAAUCACACGUGAUUCGGGCGGCGCGGAGCUCUAUGAACAACGAGGUCAGCCGGAAGCCGUUUGGUUCGAAGCUGUACCGCCCGAGGAACGGAUUCCCCGAGACGAGCUGAUCUCACAAACCAACAAGUAUUACACCGGCAUGCAGGGAAACGACCCCAAGGGUGACUACAGCUUCUUCGACAAAGAAUGUAAUCGUCUGGAAGAUGGUCUUCAAACGACAAACGUCAAGACCGGUGAUCCUUAUGGCCACUCUAACGACACGGCAUUCGCUUCCCUAACUUGCGAGGAGCAAUUCCAGACAGGAUUUCUUGGUUUUGUCACAAGAAUCCGGGAACGUCACUUUCCCGUAGUGGACGAGGAGCGCCAGGCCGUCUUUGCUAUCACUACUCUGGAUCAUAAUGCUACGGUGAAAUCGUUGCCUAGCGUGAAUGGCACAUCCUCGCCAAUCCCACGUUAUUUCGAAACGCCUCGUUCGUUGCGAGCCAUGGAGGGAUUUCGCUUGCGUGGCGAGAAGCUUUAUCGCAUCGAAAUGACACUAACCGAAGUUCCUUAUAACAUGCGAGCGGCAUUUCCCGAUGUUCCACCCGUAGAUCUCAGCGGGCCCGGCACAAACUUUACCACGUAUCCGAUUCCGUGCGACCAGGUCUGCCUCGAGAAUGUAGUGGGAGAUGUACUCAUGGCGAUCCGGGUCCACGACCACACGCGCCUACCCUUAGCGAAGGGUGGACGAUACUCAGAAAAUGGCCAAUUUGUAGCGUUCGGAGAUGGUCUAUGGGAGACACUAGAAGCAAUUACUUGGACGGACGGGUAUGGAGCAGUCUUAUCCGACUCGGAAAGCGGGACGGCUGGCUACUGGGGAUUCAGUACGGAGCAUAGUAUACCGGGAGUCCUUUCGCUACGUAUCAAGGUCGAAAAUGGCCAAAUAACGGAGAUCGAAGCGAACGUUGUGCGUGGAGAAGCUACCGAUAGUCGUGGCGGAACAGUAACGCUUAUGCGCCCGCCGCUUCCAGUGGAGUGGGAGGGUAAUACUACAAGUAUCCUCGAUCCUGUGUUCCAAGAAUAUAGCACCAACGGUGAGAUUCCGCCAGAAUUGUUGAGUGCAUAUUUCGAUGGCCUAGAAAAGCAUUCAAGCGAGGGAGUGCCAUUUGCAGAAGGGUGCACUAGGCGUGACAACUUUGGCCAGGGGGAUCUGACUUGUGCUGAUCAGCUAGAUGGGAAGGGACCGGCUCCGAAUGGCCUCUCUAAUACCACGACGACAGUGCGUGAUCGGCGAAUCUUAGUUGCAGAUAAUAAGAGAGGAGUCGUGUUAGCCGUGGUUCUGGUGGAUGAGCCUGCCAACGGUCCCGGUUCACUGUCGCCGGCAGGUCGUGUUCCGGGGACUUACAUGAUUCCGCAGUUGAUCAAAGUUGAGGGCGGUUUGAUUUCUCAUAUUGAAAGUGUAAUCAAAUGGGUUCCGUUCGGAUACACGUCUGCAUGGGUAGAGGCGACUUCUCAGGAGCUCGUCACUCAGUUCAACAAGUUCUUGGGUGACCCGGCACAAUUUGGACUUCUUGUGACUAUCACCGGAGAGACCCUCACUGCGUCAACUACACUUCCGCGGUCCUCUCUAUCGAGCAGUUUCGAUGCCGACCUUCCGAAGCUGUCCUCUUACAUAAAACCCGAUGAGCCCCUCUUCAUCAUUCUACGCAGAUAUGACACCGCUCCGUACCUAAUAGCUGUUACUUAUGUGCCCGACACGGCCAAGGUGCGGCAGAAGAUGCUGUUCGCGUCGACGCGGUUGACGCUGGUGCGUGAGCUGGGAUCCGAUCACUUUCGGGAAACAAUAUUCGCUACCAUGGCCGAAGAGCUGAGCGUCGAGGGUUUCAAGAAGCACGACCGUCACAAUCAACUUGAGGCACCCUUAACCGAAGAGGAGAAGACUUUGGGCGAGGUUAAAAGAGCUGAAGCCGAAGCCGGUGCCGGUACGGGUGUUCGUGAGAUUCAUCUCAGCAAGACCAUGAACAUGCCUGUCGCUACUGAUGCGUUGGUUGCCCUAAGCGCUUUAGGCCGCGAGGAGGGAACCGGACUAGUAAUGCUUAAAAUCAACCCCGAGACCGAAGUCGUAGAGCUAUUACAGGAUUCUUCCUCACCUUCCACAAUCCCUGAACUCGUGAAAAGCAUUUCGGCAACCGAACCUCGCUUCACUUUCUUCCGAUACAAAGCCACACCGCCGAGCGGAGGAGACGAGAAGAACGUCAUACUCUUCUUCUACACGUGUCCCGCCUCGGCGGGAACUAAAGCUAUCAAGUUCCGAAUGAUGUACCCGCUAAUGAAGCGUGCCGUACUCGAGGUGGCCACAAAAGAGGCAGGGCUUCAUAUUGAGAAGAAAUUCGAGCUUGAGGAUCCGAGCGAGAUCACCGAACAGUCCGUUACGUCCGAGUUAUUCCCAGAGGCGGAGGUUAAAACAGCUUUCAGAAGACCCAAGCGACCCGGCAGGUGA